AUGGGUUCUGAAAAAAUCAUUGAACUGAAUUAUAUGUUAAUGCUAAACGCCUUCAUCCAUGGCAGGGCUGGGAGUUCGUGCCCGUAUAUAUUCUGCGCACUCAGUAAGGCCCUCCUAGCCGCAGGCAAGGGAUUCGCACGUACUGAUUUGACUUCCAUGACUCCUGGAGUCUUUGUGCCUAUCACUGGGUUAAAAAUCCCAGUUUCUCGUUAGGCAGAUGUCACCUUAGAGCCUCCUUGUUGAGGUAUUUUAUCACACCCCUCGGCUUUUGCUGCUCCCUGCCCUUUCCAAUAAUGGUCUUUGAGGCAAACCCUAAGUCCCAUAAUUCAGCUUCCUGGGCUAAAGAAAAGCCUAACAGGAUUACAGACUUCUCUUUGCUCCCUUCACACUGGGCGGUUCCCUGCUGGUGUUGAAUAAAAAGGGUCAGAAUGUCGGGUGGUCUGUUAUCACCAUUUUUAUGUAUAUCAACUGAAUUUUAUAAGAAAUGAAAAUCAUGAAAAAGCUGUGAUUGCAUUCCCAAACACUUGAAAUGAGCUAUUAUUAGAGAUUAUUAAUGCAUUCAGCAUAGAUCCGACUUAUAUUUGAAUCAUUUGGAAUAAAAUCCCAAUCAAGCCAAAAUCAUUUACGAUGAUGAAGGAUUCAGGAGUUUCUAGAUUUAUCUUACUAUUACAAUUGAAAGGUGAGAGGUCUUAUUUUCAGUUUAUUCUUAAGAAUUAUAAACAAUUUCACUCAGAAAUGAAUAGAAAAGUUUUAGAACUUUACAAAACUGUUUUAAUUGAAGGGUCAAGUCUGAUUAAAAGUUUAUAUAUUGAUGAUGAUAUGUUGAUCCCCAAUUUUAAUUAUUUUCUGCUUUUAUUACCCUUUUUGGAUAAUUUAGAGUAUUUAGCACUUGGAUCAAGAAAAAGCAAAAUUAUGAGGAUUUCAAUGUUUUCAGUGCCAAGUUUUCUUGGAGAAAGGUCAUUUACCUUAGAAAAUCGCUUACCAGUGAUAGACUCAUUUUCGAACUUUGAUCAAAUUGGUUUUUUGAACACAUUUGGACAAAUAUUAGCUACCCUUCCAAAACUAGAAUACUUGGAUUUUUCUUAUUGUUUUUAUAAUGAAUAUGGAUUUUAUUUAUUUUUUUGAUGAAAAUUAAAUUUUAAGAAAAAUAGAUUAUGCCUUUACCGAUCUCAGUAGAUUAGGACCACUUUAAAACUUUAGCCUUAACCUUAGUUAAAUUAUCGAGAAGAUCCCUGUGAUAAAUCAAAUGAGUAUUUAUCUCCACGCUGCUUCGUUCAGCCGCAUGCCGCCGCCACACCAGACGAUUAACUCCUCUCCACCUGAAGCUCGCAUCUAGCCGAGAGUAAAUUGGGAUGGGUCACUGCCGUACGCCAGAUGAGAGUUGCCUGCUCGGAAAAAAAAUUUCUAGCCUACUCUCGGCAAAAAGGAAAAACUUAUAGCGCAGGGCGUAAUCCUAAUUUCACGGCAGAGAGUUUAUCCGAUAGGCCUAGAAAGGUUUCAGAGCUUCCCUUUUAAAAUCCAAGCUCUCUUUCUCCUCGAGGCAAAAUCCAGUUCCUGAAAGCGGAUUAAGGCUAGGCCCUAAAGGUAUUAGGAUUAGUUACCUAGCAUACUGUCCGACAGACCUUGCCGUAUAAUUAAAAUACGUGCUCGAAGCUCCAUGGUCAGGCGACCCACAUUUUAAUUAUGACCACUUUGCAGCCACUUUUCAUCAAUAAAAACGCUUAAAGCACUAGAUUUGUCAGGAAUUGCAUUUAACAGAGACGAUACCGAAGUACUUCUAGGCUAUUUAUUACCAUUAGAAAAUCUAAAAUCAAUUGAACUUGAUAACUGCCUGAUAAGCAAUGCCAUUAUGGACCGUUUAAUUGGUGUUUUUGGCCGUGAAUCUCUAUUAGAAAGGCUUAAGUUCCUAUCUUUAAGAAAUAAUCAAUAUCUAGAAGCCAAUAAUUUCACUUUAAGCCGAGCUAUAGAAACCUGCAGAACCCUUGAAGUCCUUGAUCUUUCCUCAUCAAGUUUAUAUCAAAAAGGAAUGUGGAGUAUCCAUUAUGCACUCAUGACACAAAUAAAAUUAAAAAAGUUAUAUCUUGCCAAUAAUUAUUUGCAAAAUUCUGGGGAUUUAAUUGUUGAGUGCUUGCCAAGUUUUAAGCAGCUGACACAUCUAGAUAUUUCGAAUAAUUAUAUAGGUACAGUAUGGAUUAGAAAAAUUGUGGAAUUAUUGCCAAAUUCUAUGGAACUUAUAGAUAUUGGCUACAAUAACUGCAAUUUAGACAUUUUUAUUACACUUAAUGAAAAAAUCCCAUUCUGAAGCAAUCUAAGUACUUUAAAUAUUGCUGGGAUCAUAGAAGGCUGCUCUAUAGUGGGAAACGAAAAUUAUAGUAAUUUCUUGCCAGCUGCCUCUCUAAAAGAAUUCGAAAUUUCUUUUGAAAAUAUUCAUAUCCCAUUUUCUAUCUACCAGCAGCUGUCAAAAUGUCCUAAACUCCGCAUCCUAUCAUUUAGAAAUAUUGGAAUCACUGAGCAAGCUUUUCCACUAUUUAAAGCCAUGAUAGAAUCUUUGGAAAAUCUUGAAGUAGUUUACCUUAAAGACUGCAAAUGCGAAAAAAAUAUUUUGGAAAAAUUAUUUAUAAUUAUAAGAAAUCACCCUAAAAUUUCGGUUGUGGGCUUUGAGGAAAACACAAUGGCUGGAGAUGCAAGAUGGAUGCUUUAUCGGUAUAAUUUACUUAAUAGAGAUUUUCAGCUACACCCAAACUUUGCUGUAGUUAGAAAUAAUAUUGAUAUUCCGGGCGCUAAGGAUAUUGAGAAAUGUAAGCUUUGCAAUUCAAACUGUGGGUAUCCUGAGUUGUGCCAGUGGGCAAGACGAAGGGCGAUACUAAUAUCAAGAAAAUUUAGUCAAAACUAUAAACUUGUUUAA